AUUAUUAUGAUAAAGAAUUAUCUGAACAUCCUAAUCAGCCUGUUUGUAAGAAUUUACAAUAUGGCAAAGUUUUUUCAACAAAAACAGGAGUAUCUACUUUACGUCAAUAUCUUCAAAUUCAGUAUAGUAUUGAUCUUCUACAAUCUUUUAUAGUUGUUGAUAAUAUUUAUUUUGUAAAUUGGAUUAGAAAACUUGAUCCUCAUUAUACUUUACCAAUACAAGCCACAAAGCAAAUGAUUAUAGAUGAAUUUAAUUAUCAACGAGAAAAAAUUUAUUUUGAUCUAGCAAAAAUUCCUGAAAAG